AUGGCGAGGCCUGAGGAUGACCUGAUUGGAAUCCCAUUCCCAGACCACAGCAGCGAGCUCCUGAGCUUCCUGAACGAGCAGCGUAAGCUGGGCCACCUGUGCGAUCUCACCAUCAGGACGCAGGGUCUCGAGUACCGCACCCACAGGGUUGUGCUGGCUGCCUGUAGCCACUACUUCAAGAAACUUUUUACGGAGGGGGGAGCAGGGGCCGGUGUGUGUGAGCUGGACUUUGUCAGGCCAGAGGCCCUGAGUGCCCUGCUUGAGUUUGCCUACACAGCCACACUGACCAUCAGCAGCGCCAACAUACCGGCUGUACUCCAAGCUGCUCGGCUGCUGGAGAUCCCCUGCGUCGUUGCUGCUUGCGUGGAGAUUCUACAAGGGAGUGGGCUAGAAGUCCCCAGCUCAGAUGAGGAUGACUGUGAGCGAGCCCGACAGUACCUGAAGGCUUUCCCCAUUGCCACCACCACAGCCUCAACCUCAGGAAUACCCAACGGUGAAGAUAGCUCUCCACAGAUGUCCCUUCUACCACAACCUCUGCUUCCACCUCCACCUCGACCUCGACCUGUUGUUGCCUGCUGCAGCCGCAAACCCCAGAAAGCCGCCACACUACUCACCCAUCUCUUGACCUACAAAGAAGGUAACAGUGGGGGCAGUGGGCUUGGAGAUAGCUAUAGUGCCCCGACAGGUGCUGCCUCACUCGCUGAGAGGCCCCUGAACUAUGAAGUCUUUGAAGGUGAGGGAGAAGAGGAGGAGCUGGUAUAUCCCCCAGCCUAUGGGCUAGCACAGAGUAACGAGCCCUCUCUAUCACCAGAUGAGCUGGGCUCAGAUGAAGAUCCCAUCGAUCCCGACCUGUUGGCUUACCUAAGUUCGCUGCAUCAGAACGCCCUGGCACCAGGCCUGGAUGGCCAAGACAAGCCACUGCGCAAGCCACGCCGUUCACAGAUGUCCCAAGAGUGCCCAGUCUGUCACAAGAUAAUCCAUGGGGGAGGCAAACUUCCUCGACACAUGAGGACCCACACUGGUGAGAAGCCCUUUGCCUGUGAGGUCUGCGGCGUGCGCUUCACCAGGAAUGACAAACGGAAGAUCCACAUGCGGAAGCACACAGGAGAACGUCCCUACUCGUGCCCACACUGCCCAGCCCGCUUCCUGCAUAACUACGACCUCAAGAACCACAUGCACCUGCACACUGGGGACCGGCCCUAUGAGUGCCACCUGUGCCACAAAGCUUUCAUCAAGAAGGUCUACCUGCAGCGUCAUCUCAAGGGUAGGAACUGCCUGGAGAUGCACAUCUGAAGGCACCACCGCAAUGAUGAUGCGCCACCUUACUACCCACUACCCUCGACGACCACCUCAUCCCCUGCUGGCCUUGACCUCUCCAAUGGCCACCUGGACACCUUCCAUCUCUCUCGAUUCUGGGAGCAAUUGGCCACCACGGGACCCCCAGUCACUACACAAGGGGCCCCUGAGGAGGAGGAGGAAGAAGGGACACCUACCACAUCACAGGCCGAAGGUGACAUGGAGUCCUCUUAA